AUGUCAUCCUCAGAUGACGAAACUAGCAACAACAGAAAUAAGAAUAAUUCCUCGACCAUCACUGAUGAGCUAACCUUGCAAAUUGCAAAUAUGCUUCGUAAUGGUCUAGGAAUUCAGCAAACACAGGCCAAUCUUGACAAUCUGUCAAUUGGUUUCAAAUUAAAUGGAGACAAUUAUCCAUUAUGGGCAACCCUUAUGAAGAAAGCUAUUGGUGGUAGAGGAAAAAAAAGUCACUUGACAGGUGUUCUUCCGGCACCAGAGGAGACAGAACCCGCAUAUGAACAAUGGGAACAGGCAGACCAAGCAGUCUUUACUUGGAUUAUUCAGAAUAUCGAGACAAAUUUAAUGAACAAUGUCUCUCAGUUUCCUACCGCAAAGGCUCUAUGGGAAGGAUUGGCUACCACCUAUGGAAGCGGGACAGAUCCGGUGCAAAUCUAUGAUUUACAUCGAAAAGCAAACACACAGAAGCAGGGACAAGACACCCUAGAGGAUUUCUGGAACAAAUUACAAGCCAUUUGGAUGGCCAUUGACAGGAGGCAACCUAACCCUAUGCAGUGCACUACAGAUAUUGCAAUUUUCAACAAAAUCAAACAAGAGCAGAGACUAUAUCAGUUCCUAACAGGGAUUGAUGAGAAAUUUGAAGCUAUUAGAAGGGACCUUUUGAUGCAAGAAAAGACCCCUUCAGUAGAGUCUGCCUACGCUGCCGUCCGGAGGGAGGCGGCCCGACUUCAGAUCCUGAAGCCUACCACCAGCAGCGAAGGGAGCACAUCAUUAGGGGAGGUUGGAAUCGGUUUAGUCGCGAGGAACAAACAGGGACAGGGACCGAGAUGGAAUCGCUCAGAAACAGCCGGCCGGCGUUCAUCACAACGAGAGAAGGAAGAUAAAAGUCACCUCCUUUGUACUCAUUGCGGGAUGAGGAAGCACACCAAGGAGACCUGUUUCAAAAUCGUAGGCUACCCCGAGUGGUGGGAAGAUCCCAAGCCAAAAAACCACAAGGCUGCCACUGCCGUGGGCAACCCACAGGCCGCCAGCAACAGCGGUGGUGACGCUGGAAGAGAUAAAGAGACAGAGUCACAAGCAAUCCAUGGGAGAGCUGCAGUCGCUCAUGGAGGUAAGAGCAGAGGGGAAACCGCGCAUGGAGAAGAAGAGAGCUCUGAAGAGAAUGAGAACCCUCAUGGGCUGUUUGGGCCAGAUGACCCUAGUAAGUGGGUUGGUCCAAAUAAAAGGGGCGGUGAGUCCGUAGCCCAAACCCCUUUCAUGGCCCAAAUCUCUUCAAAAAUUACAGGGCUCAGUUCUGUGAAGGCAGCCCAGUCAGAAAAAAAUUCUGGCCCAAAAAAGGCUGAUGAAUGGAUUUUUGAUUGUGGAGCCACUGAUACUAUGACUCAUGAUCCUCAUGAUUUUGACAAUCUUUCUACUCCUGUUAAGGCCCAUAUUGAGACAGCCAGUGGGGAAUUAAUUGCAGACAUUCAUACGAAGGAGAUCAUUGGGCGUGGUACUGAACGUGGAGGUCUUUACUACGUUGAUGAGGUUGCUCACAAGGGACAUGCCAUGCUUGCUCACGGAACGGCUACAAGGCAACUCUGGUUAUGGCAUAGACGCCUGGGACACCCCUCAUUUGGGUACCUUAAGAUUUUAUUUCCUAGUCUUUUUUCGAGUAACACUGAACCCAUUAAAUGUGAGACUUGUAUUCGGGCAAAGAAUCAUAGAGCUACUUACUCCCCGAGUAACACUAGAGUUAGUUCUGCUUUUUCAUUAGUACAUUCUGAUGUAUGGGGCCCAGCACCUAAUUCCCAUAACAAUCAACUUCAGUAUUUUGUAUUAUUUGUGGAUGAUUUCUCUCGAAUGACGUGGGUAUAUUUUCUAAAAAACAAAUCUGAAGUGCCUGAUAAAUUCUAUGCUUUCUAUCAAAUGAUUCACACUCAAUUUGAUAACAAAAUUCAAGUGCUUCGAUCAGAUAAUGGAGGGGAGUUUGUGAACAGAUCCAUGCAAGAUUUCUUUAGGGAAAAUGGUUUAAUUCAUCAAACAUCGUGCCCAAAUACACCCCAACAGAAUGGUGUGGCAGAACGAAAAAAUCGUAAGCUACUAGAGAUGACUCGGGCCAUGAUGUUUGAUGCACAGGUUCCAACACGUUUCUGGCCUGAAGCUGUUGCUACCUCGACGUAUCUUCUGAACAGGUUGCCCUCCCAGAUCCUCCACCACAGAACACCCUUGCAGGUUUUGGCCACUCAGACAGUACUUCCUCCUGUCCAAACAUUACCUCCAAGAGUUUUUGGGUGCUCUGUGUUUGUCCAUAUCCCUAAAGCUACCAGAACCAAGUUCGAUCCAUGUGCUGAGAAAUGUGUCUUCAUGGGGUAUGCUACAUACCAAAAGGGGUAUCGUUGUUACAAUCCUAUCACUCGUCGUGUACAUGUGACUAUGGAUUGUGAUUUUCUUGAAUCAGAAUAUUUCUUCAGCGACCAACUUGUUGUUCAGGGGGAGAAAACCAGUGAACCACCAAGUUGGUUAGUUAAUCUUAGUUGCCACAAAACUGUUCCAAAAGAGCAAGUAGAUGGCGCCACCGAGCAUGCCUUUGACAAUGUGGAAGAAACUAACACAACCAAUGAGCCUCCUUCUGAGAAUGUUCAACAAAAGGUAAGUGACCAUCAAUCUAUUGAGUUAUCUCCUGUUAUGAAUGAAGUCACUAACAAUGACAGAUUAGCUUCAAGACUUGAGGAACCAGAAUCAGAGCCAUUCACACUUCCUCCAAGAAGGAACAGAGGAGUACCUCCUGACAGAUAUUCCCCAGGACUUGUCUCUCGCAGUUCAAAGUAUCCUAUUAGGACAACCAGAGAAGGAGUGGCAGACGUUGCAAAAGCUUUUUUUACCUCCCUUCUAGCUGAAGAUAUUCCCAGAACAGUUCAUGAAGCCAGUAAGAAGGGCGAGUGGCGAGAAGCUAUGAAAGCAGAAAUGGAGGCUCUAGAAAAAAAUGGAACUUGGGAAAAGUGCAUCUUGCCAGCAAAAAAGAAGCCGGUUGGGUGUCAGUGGGUUUUCACUAUUAAACACAAAGCAGAUGGUACCAUUGAGAGGUAUAAAGCAAGGUUAGUAGCCAAAGGCUAUACACAAACGUAUGGCAUUGACUACUCAGCGUCUUGCAACAACUUCUGGGAGAUUUGGGGGAGGGAAGGAGUGACUGAGAUGCUAUUUAUUGUUGUUGUAGUUACUUUAGGGAGGAAGGGAGCGAGGGAAAAUGAAAGAGAAGCAGAAGAAGGGGGUGUAACGAAAUCUGUUUGA